UCUGUGGUAAUUCCUGCAACGCUUUGCACUUCGAGCAGAACAGCUCGGACUUGUAUACAUAAUUACAGUUCCAACAUUUAAGUGGAUUAUCGCUACAGAAACGCUGAGUUCCAAAUAAUAAGGUCAUAGGGUGAAUCGUGUUUCUCGACGAUGCACCGUACGAAUGCAGCUGACAUUGCUGCUUAACUGGACUUACUGUUAACGUGAAUUUUUUAAUGGUUCUCAUCAAAAACAUCUUUUCACCAAUAUAAUCUCAUGUAAUCUGUCAUGUCAUGUAUGACAAUUAUUAUCGCGCGAUACGUACGCGAGCAAGGUUACAUCGAGUCCAGUAUGAAGCAGAACAGAUGGUUCCUGUAGCAAUUUACACCUAUAUCUGAUUCGCAAUAUUAUAUCUGGAUUCAAGGUCAGACGAGUAGGAUUAUGAAUUCGACCAAGAGUCGCGGUCACGAGAAGAAAACGUGUCGCAGAAUUUGACGUAAGCUAGAGUCGUGUGCGAGUGUCCCCGAGCUUCCUCGAGGCUCCCCUAAGUCCCCAGGAAAACGCAGCGAGAUGGGGGACCAUCGACAACAGCUGAGUAAUUUAAUCAAAUGGUUGGGCACAUUCGACCUUCAAGCACCGCAUAACUCUGCGGAGAAUAUAAGCGAUGGAGUCGCCCUGGCGGAGGCCCUGGCCCAGAUUGCACCAGAGUGGUUCACCGCAGUAUGGAAGGCGAAAAUCAAGACAGACGUGGGUACCAACUGGCGUCUUAGAGUAAGCAAUAUGAAGAAGAUCGUGGAGGCUGUAAUGGAGUAUUACAUGGAGUGCUUGAACCAGCAACUGUCGGGCUACAUCAAACCUGAUGCGAUCAAGAUCGGGGAACAUUGUGACAGCGACGAGCUGCGUCGUUUGUUACAGCUGAUUCUUGGCUGCGCUGUCAAUUGCGAUCAAAAGCAGCAGUACAUCACCAAGAUCAUGAGCAUGGAGGAGACCGUGCAGCAAGCAAUAAUGCAGAGUAUUCAGGAGCUUGAUAGCAGCGUACACGGGCCAAGGAUGAGCCUGGGCACUAGCUUGAACUUCGACGUGGCUGAUGGUGCUCAGCAGAGACUCUAUGCGGAGUUUCAGGCGACAGUGGAUAUGAAGGAUCAAUUGGCGCAAAAGUGUCACGAGCUUGAUCAACAGCUUUCUCUGUUGCAGGAGGAGAAGGCUGCAUUGAUUGCGGAGAAUAAGAAAUUCCAGCAACGACUGGAUGAGUUUGAGAAUCCGGAGGAGUCUGGCUCUAUAUUAAAAUAUUCUGGAUUGCGGAAGCAAGUGGAAACAUUAAAGGAUGAAUUGUUUAAGAUAGAAACAUCCAGAGAUGAUUACAGAUUAAGGGUGGAAUUGUUUGAAAAGGAAGUGUUGGAGUUGCAGUCGAGACAGGAGGAUUUGCAGAAAGCAGCUGACGAAGCAAAUCAUCUGAAGGACGAAGUGGAUGCUUUGAGGGAGACUGCGGAUAAAGUAGCAAAGUAUGAAAUCAUGAUAGAAUCGUAUAAGAAGAAGAUGGAGGAUUUGAGCGAUCUUAAGAGACAGUUGAAGAUAUCAGAAGAUAAAAACGUUGAAUAUUUACAAGCCAAAUUGGACUAUGAAGAAGAAGUAAAGCGUACGUUGAUGUUGCGUAAUCAUUUGGAGGCAUGUAAGCAGCAGCUCACAGAAGUUCAUCAUAGACUGGAUGAGCAAAGCAACAAGUACGAUCGACUGGAAUUCGAAGGCAAGAAGAUGGAAGCGAAGUUGGGUGCUUUGCAGAGGGAGAGGGAUCGAUUGUUCAUCGAAAGAGACGCUUUGAAGGAGACAAAUGAGGAGUUGAAGUGCACGCAAUUGCAAACUGCUGAGAACAUGGCGAAACCUAGUACUGAUAGUACCGAUGUUGCCGGCACGGAAUUGAUUCCGCUCGACAUUAAGGAGAAAUUACUUCGUUUACAAUUGGAGAAUAAGAUGUUGAAGAUGAAGCAGACAGGCAACGAAGACAAGCUACCGAGUGUGCAAGCGUUGCUGGAAGAGUCUGAGGAACGUUUAAAUAUGUUGCGAGGGCAGAAUCGCAAGGCGAACCAGAGGAUAAUGGAAUUGGAAACCAAAUUGGAGGAAAUCAUGGGUACUCAAGCUAGCGGCGACAGCAAGACCGACAACAUGGGUUUGAAUCCGAAGAUGUUGCAAUUGCAAGACGAACUGCGAAAAACGCAGUCCGAAAAGGAUCGACUGACACUACAGCUCGAGGAACGUGAGAGCGCUCUGCAAGCACAAAAGCAGAAAGUCUUCGCUGUUCAAGAGAAACUGACACGGAAGGAAUUCGAAAACGCCGCUCUCGAGGAACGCUAUAAAAAGUACAUUGAGAAAGCCAAGAGCGUUAUAAAGAGCCUAGAUCCGAAGCAGAGUAAUUCUUCACCGAGCGAGGUGGCUGUGUUGCGCAACCAAUUGCUGGAACAGCGCAAGAUAAUCGAGAACAUGGAGCGUUCCAUGAAGGAGUCCAAGUUGCUGCGAGAGAUGGAAGAGAAGCUAAUGGUGACUGCUUUUCAUAGAUUAGGUCUGAAUUGCCACAGAGAGGUGAUAGAUCAACGGCUCGCGGCGCUUAGUUCAGGACAGGGUCAAUCCUUCUUAGCCAGACAGAGGCAACCUACGGCAAGACGCCAUCCACCUUAUAACUCGAAAUGAGAAGAGCGAAUCGAUUUCAUACUUAAGUAUUAUAAAAUUAGGUGGUAUUUAAUUAUUUGAGGCAAUUAAUUAUAAUUAUUGUCAGCAAUAAUAGUGUGAUAAAUGUGAUACUGCACACAUGUUGCAUUUUAAUGUACAAACUUAACAGUCAAGCUUAUUAAACAAUGAUGACUGUGAAUAUAACAUUCAACACAAUUAAUAUCUAUUAUCAUAAUAAUAUUUAUAUAUAUAUUAUUAAGAUAUCACAUUUAUCUCUCUAUUACAAUUAUCACAAAUAAUUCUAUUUUUUUCCGAUAUAGAUAUAAAUGAUUAAUGUUAAAAC